UUUUGUUUCCCGUUGAAAAAGGUGAAGACUUUAUUACAUCUCUCGCUUCGCGUCGUUUCAUAUUCCCUUCAAUUUCCCAAGUUUUGUCCAUUGGGGUUGUCGUUGGUGGAUGAUUAGUGAUACUUUUUUUAGGAGAUAAUAGAUAAACGUCUUAUUUAACAUGGAAGCUUCAAGCGGCUCUUGUUUGGAAGCUGUGGAUGGGGAAUUGAAUAUAGACAUGGAGGAAGACAUGGAUCUAACAGAAGAUGAUUUUAGAAAUGUGUCUGGCCAGUUUUCAGGGGAAACAUCAAGAGUGGAGGUUAGGGAGGAUGCGGUCAAUGUGAGUGUUGAAACCGUGAAAGUGGAUGUUAGUUCUAAAUCUGGUGUUAAAAGAUCCAGAACAACCUCCGGGGAACAGGAACCUUCAGUCCAUGUUACUUAUAGUCACUUAACAAGAGCUAGUAAGCAGAAGCUGGAAAGCUUAUUACAGAAAUGGUCAGAAUGGGAGGCAGAACAAAAUUCUUUGUCCGAGGAUCAAGAACUAGUACUAGAAUCUGGUGAUGAGACAUAUUUUCCUGCUUUGCGUGUGGGAUUGCAGAAGACAUCAUCUGUAUCAUUUUGGUUAGACUACCAAACUGGUGACAGUUCUUCGAAGAAGUUUGUUCCUGUGGAAAGUAGCACCACUCCUCUUUAUAACCGUGGAUUUACAAUUGGUUUAGAUUCAGCCGCUGGUUCAAAUAACUUGGAAGGAGGCUUGGAGAUUAUUGAUGAUCCUCCUCGCUGCUUUAAUUGCGGCGCGUACAGUCAUUCCUUGAGAGAAUGUCCAAAGCCUUUUGAUCGAUCAGCAGUUAAUAAUGCUCGGAGGCAACAUAAAAGCAAAAGAAAUCAGACUCCUGGAUCCCGUAUACCAUCCCGAUAUUAUGAGAGCCCUCAAAGUGGAAAAUAUGAUGGCUUGAAGCCCGGUUCACUUGAUGCAGAGACACGUCAGCUUCUCGGUCUAAAGGAACUUGAUCCUCCUCCAUGGCUACACAGAAUGCGAGAGAUUGGAUAUCCACCGGGAUAUUUAGCUGUAGAAGAGGAAGAAGAUCAUUCAAGAAUCACUAUAUUUGGUGAGGAAGAGACUGAAGAAGAGGAAGAAGCUAAGAUUGAGGACGGUGAAAUCUUGGAGAAAGUAAGCCCUCAAGAGCCAAGAAAGAUAAUGACAGUUGGGUUUCCUGGGAUUAACGCACCCAUUCCAGAAAACGCAGAUUCGUGGCUAUGGGAACAGAGGAAUAACACAUCUUAUCAUGACCACCGUCGACCACAGGAUUAUAGAAACCAGAUGUGCCCUCCAGGUGUUGAACUUUCUUCAAGCUAUCCUCCAAGGUAUGGCAUUAGAUAUGAUCACGGCCACGGGUUCGGUUCAGUACCAAGAAGCCCGGGAUCCACAAUAUCUGAGAGGUAUUUGUACUCUUUGUAUGAUCCAAAUCUAAAGUAGAGGGAGGAUAGUGAUCCCAUAUAUAGAUUUAGCAGCAGAAGAUGAAUUAAUUAGUAAGUGUACAAUCCCAUAUUGGUCUUAUGCACCAUGUUUUUGUUCGAACCAAAUGCUAUGUCCGUGGCCUAAAAAACUGGAAACGUGAUCUUGCUAGUUUGGUGUUGUAAACAUGUCAA